AGUAGAUCCCGCUCUUUCACGCGUUUUUUCUCACUCGUUCGGCGUGAGCACAGCAUGUCAAGUGUAGUUUGCAUUGCAUGCUAAAUUGCGCCAGUUGCGUUAAUGUAGCUAAUUCUGUCUGCAAUAUACUUACACAGGACCAUUUGUGUAUCUUAUAACAUUGUAGGCUGCUUCCAAUAUUGCUCAACAAGGUUGUGUUCUCCUUUGCAGACUUGAAGAGACAUGGCGGACCAACCUACGGGACGAGCAAGAGGCCGGUCGCGAGGCAAAUCUCGCGGCUCCACAGCCCCGCCGCAACAGGAAUCUGCAAUGCGGAGGCCUGGCUUUGAAGGUGCUGGGCCGUCUCAGCCGCCACAAGGAUACCAGCAGCCACCGCAACAGUACCAGCAGCCGCCCCAACAGUACCAGCAGCCACCGCAGCAGUACCAGCAACAGCCGGGGUAUCAGCAGCAGCCAGCUUACCAGCAGCCGCCCAGUGGCAUGGCCGGUCGUCCUCCCCCGCAGCAGGCGCCACCGCAGAUGCCCCCAACUGGAAGGGCCGCCCACCGUCCCGCGGGAGCGAUCGCCAGGCCUGGGGAGGUUGCCCCAGUGCAACCGCCUGUCCAACAGAUGGGCGCCAUGAGCUUGGCCGGUGGGGACACUGCUGGCCGGGGUGCCCGUCGCGGCCGCCGCGAUGAAAUCGCUAUUCUCGCAACUCGUCCCCAGCGCAUCACAGACAAGAAAGGUACGACUGGGAACCCUGUCAAACUGAUGUCAAACUACUUCCGUCUGCUCACAAUGCCCAACUGGGCCAUCCAGCAGUACCACGUGGAGUUUGCGCCGAACAUUGAGUCGUCCCGUUUGCGAAGUGCUCUCUUGCGAGACCACCGGGACCGUUUCGGCGGGAGCUACAUCUUUGAUGGCAUGUCCGAUUUGAAGAGUGCAACUCGGCUGGAGCAUAAGGUGACAGAGCUGUACUCUCAGCGUCGCACUGAUGGUGCCCAAAUUCGCAUCACGGUAAAGCAUGUCCAGGAGCUUGCCCCCAACAACCCAGAGCUGCUGAGAAUCUUCAACACCCAGAUGCGCAGGAACCUGGAGAGCAUGCAGUUUGUUCAGAUUCGGCGCCAGUUCUUCAAUGCUACUGGCCCAAAGCCGAUCAGCCGUCAUGGGCUGGAGAUCUGGGAAGGUCUGACCACCGCAGUUGGUCAGCACGAUGGUGGCAUCCUCAUGGUGGUGGACACGGUACACAAGGUGCUUCGCACGGAGAACGUUCUCCACCUCCUCGGCUCGCUGCAGCAGACCGCUCGCGGCAACUACAAGGACGAAGCCGUCAAGGCUGUGGUCGGCUGCAUUGUCAUGACCAGAUACAACAACAAGACCUACCGUGUGGAUGACAUUGACUGGACAAAGAACCCGCAGCAGACAUUCGACACGAAAGAGGGCCCCAUCACCUAUAUAAAGUACUACAAGGACCACUACCAAAAGGAUAUCAGGGACCUCAACCAGCCCCUUCUCGUGUGCCGCCCGAGAGAACGCGACAUCAGGGUUGGGCGCACGGACAACCUCUACCUCAUUCCAGAGCUGUGCUUCCUCACUGGAUUGACGGACGACAUUCGUUCGAACUUCAGCAUCAUGAAGGACUUGGCUAGCGAGAUGAAGCUGGACCCUGCAAAGCGUGUGGCCAACCUGCAGGAAUUCAUGCGAAACAUGACCAGGCAUCCACAGGUCCAAAAGGAAAUGGGCCAGUGGGGUCUGAAGUUCUCGGAGUCCCUCGUUGAAAUUGAUGCUCGUCAGGUUCAGCCUGAAAGAGUUGUUCACGGAAACAACAUCAGGUCUAACGUGAACCCCAUGACUGCUGACUUCUCGAGGGAGAUGCGUGACAAGACAAUGUUCAAGGCAGUCCAGAUCCGGUCGUGGGUGGUGGUGUGCACUCGUCGUGACAUGCAGAACGCUCAGGACUUUGUGCGUGAGCUGAUGUGUGUCGGUCCACCAAUGGGAGUGACCAUGCAGCAGCCACAGUUAGUUUCCCUGGAUGAUGACCGUGUUGGCAGCUACAUAAAUGGCCUCAAGAACAUUCCUAGGGACACCGAGCUGCUGAUGGCAGUGUUCCCGAACAACCGCAAGGACCGUUACGACAGUCUCAAGAAGGUGGCCUGUGUCGACAUGGGACUGCACACACAGGUGAUGCUGGGAAGGACCAUCAGCAACAAGAAAAACCUGAAGUCCGUGGCAACUAAGGUGGCGAUUCAGAUGAACUGCAAGCUCGGUGGAGAAGCUUGGGCCGUGGAGAUCCCGCUCCAAGGUGUGAUGUGCAUUGGCUACGACACUUACCAUGACUGCCGUCAGAAGGGCCUCUCGGCUGGCGGCUUCGUUGCCAGCCUGAACAAGACUCUGACUCGCUGGUACUCUCGCGUUGGCUUCCACCAGACACACCAGGAACUGGGCAGUGCCCUCAAGACUCAUCUGGCAUUGUCACUGAAGCAGUACCAGGAGGAGAACAACACUGUGCCCGAGCGCAUCCUGUUCUUCCGUGACGGUGUCUCGGAUGGCCAGCUGCUGCAGGUUCAGGAGUGGGAGGUGGCCCAGAUCCAAAGCCUGCUCACCGAGAUGUUCCCUGGGCGAGAGCCUCAGCUUGCCUUUGUUGUGGUGACCAAGAGGAUCUCUGCCCGUUUCUUCAGCAUUGACAACAGGGGUGGUGGAUACCAGAACCCUCCCCCGGGAACGGUCAUCGACAACAAUGUCACCAGGCCUGAACGGUACGACUUCUAUCUAGUCUCCCAGAGUGUGCGCCAGGGAACAGUGGCACCCACACACUUCAACGUCAUCCACGACACGACGUCGCUGAAGCCCGAGCACAUGCAGCGCCUCUCGUACAAGCUCACCCACUUGUACUUCAACUGGCCGGGCACCAUCCGUGUCCCUGCCCCGUGCCAGUAUGCCCACAAACUGGCCUUCCUGGCUGGACAGAGUCUUCACGCCGAGCCACACAAGAAGCUUGCGACCACGCUUUUCUAUCUGUAAAUGUAGUCUCAUCUCGGGGAAGGCCACAAUCACUGCCAAGUCACGACGGCGAUCAUUGUAAACGUUGAAAAUGUGCAUUUUUUUUUUUUUUUCCUGCCCCUUCCCCUUCAUGACAUUUGUAGGUGAGGCUGACUGCCAAGCUUUGCCUCUUUUUUUUUUUUUCAGUAACCAAGACCAUCUUGUUUUGUUUCCUAGUUAUUUUUGCAGCUUAACCAUAAUUAGUGAUGAAAUUGUCUAAGAAUAGUCAAAUUUUUUCCACAUAUAUGGGCAUUAGACAUCGAUUAGUCUCCGCUUUGUAGUUCUUUACCAGAACACGCACACUCUACCUCCCAUUUCAAUACUCCCACUGCUUAUUCUUGUAUCAUUUGUUUGUGGACGAUACUCCAACAAGGUGGUAUUGUCUUUUUGAUAGUUUCAUCGCUGCAAUAAAUGAGUCAUGUAGCAACUCAUUUUGCCAAAUGACGUAAUUUUGGCAGAUGUAAAGUGCCUUGUCAUAUCAUUUCAUUGUUAAAAGUUAACAUUUUAAUAAUAAAAAGGUUCUUUUCCAUA